GAGGGCACUUUCAGUCGCGUGGGGGAGUGAGUGAGGCUGCGCUGCCUCGGCCUCUCUGCCUCCGAUCAUCUUCGCCUUCUCGCGCCGCGUUGGAGCUUCUCUGCCUCCAUUUUCCUGCAAUUCAAUUCGGUUUUCUGUACAAUUUGGUGUCUACAUUCCUCGCACUCCAAUGCUGUGUGGGAAAUUUCUGCACCCACCUCGAUCGUCGCGCUCAUUCGUCUGCAUUUCUCGCUCCAUUGUCGGCCUCGGUGAUCACUCUUGUUGAAUGUGAGAGCUGCGGAGUUCGACAAGAGGAUCGAGGUUAAGCAGUGGAGAGGGAGCAGGACAGAGAGAUUGUGAAGCUUUUAAGCGCUGGACACGGUGCUAAUGAGAUGCCGCCGUGGAUAGUCGGUUGAAUUUUGAUUGAUUUUGAGGAUAUCGUUGUGGAAGUGACCGCGUGAGGAGCUGUUGCGGUUGAGGUUUCGAGGGAUGGCGGCGACUGGGGGGAGGAGAGGGGUGAGAGCGAUGGGGGAGAUGUUGUUGAGGUCGCAACAGAGGAGGACCGUGACGUACAUGCCGCGCCCAGGAGACGGGAGGCCUAGGGCUGUGACGUUGUUGCCAGGGGAUGGAAUUGGGCCCUUGGUGACGGGAGUUGCUGUGCAGGUGAUGAAGGCGAUGCACGCGCCGGUGUAUUUUGAGGAGUAUGAGGUGUCGGGGAAGAUGGACAAGGUGCCAAAUGAGGUGAUGGACAGCAUUCGCAGAAACAAGGUGUGUUUGAAAGGAGGCCUGGCUACGCCUGUUGGGGGAGGCGUUAGCUCUCUGAAUGUGCAGUUAAGGAAGGAGCUCGACUUGUUCGCGUCACUUGUUCAUUGUUUCAACCUACCGGGCCUCAAGACCCGCCACGACAAUGUCAACAUCGUGGUAAUUCGGGAGAACACAGAGGGGGAGUACUCUGGUCUUGAACACGAGGUCGUCCCUGGGGUCGUGGAGAGCCUGAAAGUGAUUACAAAAUUCUGCUCCGAGCGCAUAGCAAAAUAUGCUUUUGAAUAUGCAUAUCUUAACAACCGCAAGACGGUUACAGCAGUGCACAAGGCGAACAUCAUGAAGCUUGCAGAUGGUCUUUUCUUGGAGUCUUGUCGUGAGGUGGCCAAAAAGUAUCCCGCCAUCAAGUAUAACGAGGUCAUUGUGGAUAAUUGCUGUAUGCAGCUUGUGUCGAAGCCUCAACAAUUUGAUGUCAUGGUAACACCAAAUUUGUAUGGAACACUGGUGGCCAAUACUGCAGCUGGUAUUGCAGGCGGAACUGGAGUCAUGCCUGGAGGCAACGUGGGUGCCGAACACGCAAUUUUCGAGCAGGGAGCUUCUGCUGGUAACGUCGGCAACGAAAGACUUGUAGCCGGUCGCAGUGCCAACCCCACUGCACUGCUCUUGUCAUCCGCCAUGAUGUUGCGGCAUCUACAGUUCCCAUCUUUCGCAGACAGGUUGGAGCAAGCUGUGAUGAGCGUGAUAGCGGAGGGAACAUUCCGCACGAGGGACCUCGGAGGCACCAGCUCUACCCAAGAUGUAGUUGAUGCUGUCAUUAGCAAGCUGAACUAAUUGCUUCCUUUCUUCCUCACUCUUAUCCUCAGGAGCCACCCAGCUGAUGGUUAUUCGAAGCAGCUUCAGAUCAUGGGGAGUUUUUUUUUUUUUUUUUUUUUUUUGGUUUCCACUUACAAGUACGUGAUUCAAUCUUAAACAACUGUCUCACCAACUAUUGUUAAAUCUUUGAUGAAUGGUGGAACUUCCUCUACUUAGCUGAGCAUGGGUCAGAAAAAAAGCCACGCAGUAGGUUCAGGAUAUUACUGGAUAAUGAGAAACAGUGGAAUUGGCUAUAGCGGCAAGUCAUAUCUAUUAGUAAAGCCAUGUGAAAAGUGGGAGCAUUGGGCUCCAUGGCACAGCCCACGCCAAGGUUGCUGCUGUCUAUCAAUUUCGACGUUGUAGACAUGCUAGACUUAGUUUUGCUUCUUUCGUAUUACUUCUGUCAGUUUCCUGGUGGUUUUCAUACUAUUUCACACAACACAGAGUCUGCUGGAGGAUUACCAUUGAAAAAGAUGUAUUGUCUUUGUGUUUGAGUGAUUUUGGGGUCUGGUCUGAACUCGGAGGAUCAAUCAAUUGUGGCUUUAAUCUUACUGUGAUUCUCAAGGAACCCAAUAAACUUGAAGCUCUUGCAGAUGUUUUUUGGA